UGUCGCAGCUGGAGCUAUUGUUUGAGUUGAGCGAAAUCAGUUUCGUAAAAUGGAUGCUCAGCAGCAACGCAAGCAUCUUAGACACGGGUGCCGCAGAUCACUCAGGGGCUCAGGGCUGCCGGAGAAGAACAUGCUGAUCAUCGUUGUGGACUAUGAUGCCAAUCAGAGCUAUGUGAAGCGUGACCUUGACCUCUUCACGAAGGUUGUGUGCUCUAUCACCAUGUUCGGCAACGCGCACCUGCUGCAGAGCAGCGAGAACGAUUUGGUCAUAUGGUCCUGCUCCAGCUAUGCCGUUAAUGUCAUCUAUCCCGAAAAGCUGAUAGACCCGACGAAGGACAACGACUCCCAGCUGGAGGAGCUGGCCGUUGUGGAGAGUCUCACCAGGCUGAGGCUGUUUAACCUGAUAUCUCAGGAUAUAACCGUGAUGAAGCGCCAAACCAAAGCGGAGGAGGAACAGACGGUGACUGCUCUGCUGCCUGGCACCGUGGCCAUGGUCCUAAGUUACCUAAGUCGCUGUCGACGUGAGGUCGCCAAAGUCGCGCAUAUCCGUGGUCGCAUUCUGAUUGUCACCGGCUCUAAGGAGCCGCCGAUACCUUUGGCCGCUAUGCAAAUGAAUGUCUUUCAGGUCGCGGCCAGAAUGGGCGUGGUCAUUGAUGUGUGCGCCCUGGAGCUGGAGUCGUCGUACAUGAUGCGGCAUGCAGCUGACAUAACCGGCGGCUAUUACUUUUCGACCAGCAACUUUGACACCCUCAGCGGGGUCCUGCUUGGCCUGUUUCUAGCCUCGCCCGAUGUGCGCCAGCAUCUUAAUUACCCGAUUCAGCCCCAAGCGGAUCUGCGCGCAAUGUGCUUCUGCCAUAGCAAGCUCGUCGAAAUGGGAUUUGUGUGCAGCUGCUGCCUGACGGUCUUUUGCAAGUAUACUCCCAUUUGCGGCAAAUGCGAGACUAUCUUUAAGCCGCCCCAGGAGUUGCAGAUGUACAUCGACAAUAGGGCCGCCCAGCGACGCCAAAGGGAACUCCUGAAACUUGAGAUGGAACGUCAGCUGCAGAUUACUUAGCUGUGCAUACAGUUCUUUCUUUUUUGUUUAGUUUUACAUCUCAUUUCACUCGCCUUUGCCGUGAAGCUCUUAGCAGAUCCACUCAAUUAAAGCAACGCUGGAUGGCGCAGCAGCCUCAUGACUAGACCGCAGCGCACGUGCGUGCCACAUAAAUUCGCAGAUUUCCACAUGUCAGACACUUGACGGCGACGCCAUUUUAUGAAAUCUUCAUUAAAUCAACUUUCAGGCGAUUGCACAGACGCGCUGCGGAUGGCCCGGCUCCUGCGCCAGCAUACUUUACGGGGGCCGCAAAGCAAAUAUUUUGCUUUUUCUUUCUUUUGCCUUCAUUUUUUUGCUUUUCAUUAAAAUUUACGCAUUAUCGCAUAAAUACUUAUGUACAUGCCAGAGCGAAGUUGCCCGGUCGCC